AUGGAUAAUUUUGAGCAACAGAACACAAACGAUAUUGACACCAUUGGAGCAAUAGAUAUUUCAUCAUUGUAUUCAGCUUUAAAGCAUGAUUAUAAGGGAAGCGAUAUCGCGAAUAUAAUAACGCAAUUACUACACAUAUAUCAACCGAAAGAUGGUAUUAUCGCAUACGAAUGUGUGUUAAGAAAAGUUCAAGAUUUACUAGAAGACUGUAAUUUUAGAAAAAAACAAUUAUUGCUUUCAAUAAUACCUGUUCCAAAUAAUGUGCCAUAUCACACGAUCAAAGAAGUUUUUUAUACAACUACAGGUUUUAUCAAACUUAAUCUACAGGAAAACAAUACGUUCCAAAAUAUAUUUGACGUAAAAAAUAUGGACGGAAUAAUGGAUAAUGAUAUUUCAUCAAAACAAAAUUUUUUAUAUAACAAUCCGUCAAAUUUUAAGUCAUCACUUUCCGAAGCAUUCCCUUUCCGAGGUUUUCCCGAGAACGAAAUUUCUACGAUUCACAGUCGUGUAAAAAGCGCUGAUUCAUUGAGACAUCGAUUAAGUAACAAUCCAAAGAAUUGGCUAGACAAAAAUAAUAAAUAUGAGACGUCGUUUUAUCAACAAUAUUUGCUUAAUAAGAAAUAUAAUAUACCCACUAACAUUAGUACCACUAAUAAAUCAAAUCUUUGGUAUUCAUCAUCUCAGACGUUAUAUCAGGAUACAUGUUCUAUAAAGACAUAUAAAGAUAGUGAGAUAGAGGAAUCGUGGAAAGAUAAGAUUCCACGACAAUUUAAUAAUGUUGAAUACAAAUAUAAAAAAAGUGAAGAUAAUAAUGUAUUCGAUAAAAAUAAAAAAUUUGAUGUUUCGCAAAUGAUAGUUAAUAUUGACCAAAAUGAAACAAUUAAAGAUAAUACAGAUGUGUAUUGGAACGAAGAUCAAAAUAUUAUUCUAGAUACGGACGAUCUUUUGGCAACAGUACGCAAUAAGCUUAAAACAAGCUUAAAGAAUUUUUUAAAACGAGCGCAAGAAGGAACUUUUAUUGAAAUGUCGGCCUUUCCACGCAUCAUAUCGCAUCCACAGUCGAGCUUCUUUAAUUUCGUAUAUUUUACGUCGAAAGGCCAGAAAUCUGGAAUGCCACUUAAAGUUUCAAAGCAAGAUUUUACAUCCAAUGUUUUAAAUAGUGACAACAAUAGCUGCUUAUUUUUAAGUCAUCAGAACACGAAUAUUAAUUUAAGAAAGAAUCAAAAAGAAUCGGAUGAAAAAACGAAACAAAAAGCGUUUACAUUCGUUAGAGGAUUGCAAACCAAAUAUAAUUCUCAGGAACUCAAUAAAGCGACUAAACCGCAAUCACAACAAAAUAAUCUAGAUAAUAUUAUGGAAAAAAAAUUAAUUGCACUUGAAUACAAAGAAAAUAAUUCAAAGGAAUCAAUGCAUGGAUAUAAGGUAACAGAAUCAAAAUCAAACGAUGUAAAUCCAAAGAGCAAUUUUCAAGUCCAUUCAAUGUCUCAACUAGCUGCGUACAAAAAACAUUAUUACGAAACAUUAUUGAAUGUUCAGAGAGCUAAAGUUGCAGUCACGAAUUCUUUAGCAUCUUCCUCGGAUCAUUUAAGUUACGAUGACCCAUAUUAUUCGAAUUACAUAGAUCAGCAGCAAGAUCUAUUUCAUCAACAGCGUCAUUUCAUGACGAGACCGCAAUUUUUGAUGUAUCCGACCGAAUUAUCCGGAUUAACAAACGUGCAUAGUGAUCAAUACAGUUGGGCGAAAUCAGUCUAUAAGUAUUUAUUACUGAAGCAAUUAAGACUUCAACAGCAGGCAAGAUGUAAAAAUAUAAGUAAUUAUUUCAAAACAUAAGCAAUUAUUUCAAAACAUUUACUCACCAUAUAUAUCUUUACAGACUUCGCCCCUGUAUGUCCGAAAUCGAAAGUAAGUCAUUUAUAUAUGUUCAAUAACUGAUAUAUGUUUAAAACAUGAUUCCCCUUCCUUAUAAUUGAUAUUGAAAUCGUAAAGGUGAUAUUUUAUGUUUCUUCAUUCUUCAAGUAGUUGGAUUCAUCGCUAUAUCGGACCCGUAUAUCCCUAUUCCUUUACGUCAGACGAAAGUGCUUAA